ACCAGAAAGAAUCAGAAGAGGACAGAAAGAAGCUCAGAAACUUAAACCCAGUCUCCUUCUCUCCUCUCUCUACAAUAACUACGGUUUCUUUUCUGCAUAAAAAAGACUUCUCUUUAUUCUCUCAUGCUCAUAAGCCUUGUAUCUGUUUCAUCCUUGCUUCUUUCUCAAUCCAGCAAUGGAGGAAACAAAAGAGCCACAUGCAAAUAAGAAAUGUACUGGAAAAUCUGGGACUUUUAGGGGCAGAACAAACCCUCAUAAGGGUUUUUAUGAGCACCAGUUGUUGCAGUACUCGAGCCAUUUUGGGUUGUUUAACCAGAACCAGUCUUACUCUUACUACCCAGCAGCUCUGCUUCCCUUGCCUCCUCCGAUACCUCUGCAACUGGCUUUAGCACCAUCAUUUCCUCAAAACCAGUGGUUUAGAUCAAAAACCCAUCUGCAGAAACCAUUUUGUAAGGUGAAUGAUCCUCCUCUUGCCACCUCUUCUGAUACACAGGUGCCGGUUGUAGCGAUUUCAACAGAUGCUCUAGAAGGGCUACAACCACCAAAAAGUUCACCUGUAAAAGGAAGUAAUGGAAGGAAGACCAUGAGUACCACAACACAAGCACUUGUGGCUGCAAGGAGACCAGAUUCCGGCGGUGUUGAAGGGCAGGUUAUUUCUCUCCUUGCCAACCAUUUUCCAGUACAAUUUGAUCCCUCACAGCGAAUUUACCACUAUGAUGUUGAAAUUUCCCCUAACCCCUCAAAGGAGGUUGCCCAUAUGAUUAAACAAAAACUGGUGGAGAACAACUCAGAUGUGCUUUCUGGUGCUAAUCCAGCUUAUGAUGGCAGAAAGAAUCUCUACAGCCCAGUUGAAUUCCAAAAUGAUAGGCUGGAAUUCUUUGUCAGCCUCCCCAUCCCCUCCAGCAAGUCAACUUUGCUUUUUGGGGAACUGAAUGGCUUGCAAGGGAAGCAUAAUCAGCUUAAACUAUUUAGAGUUAAUGUCAAACUUGUUUCAAAGAUUGAUGGAAAUGAUUUGAAUAGUUACUUGAGCAAGGAAGGCGAUGAUUGGAUACCACUUCCUCAGGACUAUCUUCAUGCUUUAGAUGUUGUUCUUAGGGAGAGUCCAACAGAGAAAUGUGUACCUGUAGGGAGGUCAUUCUAUUCGUGUUCGAUGGGAGGUGCUAAAGAAAUUGGGGGAGGAGCUGUUGGAUUGAGAGGUUUUUUUCAGAGUCUUCGGCCAACCCAACAGGGAUUAGCUCUCAAUUUGGAUUUUUCUGUCACUGCCUUCCACGAGAGCAUUGGGGUGAUCCCCUACUUGCAAAAACGUCUUGAGUUUCUUCAGGACCUUCCACAGAGAAAGACAAGGAGUUUAAGUGGUGAAGAAAGAAGAGAGGUGGAGAAGGCACUAAAGAAUAUAAGAGUCUUUGUUUGUCACAGAGAAACUGUUCAAAGAUACAAAGUUUGUGGCUUAACUGAGGAAGCUACUGAAAAUAUAUGGUUCAUGGAUAGAGAUGGAAAGAAUUUGAGGCUCCUAACUUACUUCAGGGAUCACUAUAACUAUGAAAUAGAAUUCUGUAAUUUGCCAUGUUUGCAGAUCAGCAGGAGCAAGCCAUGCUAUCUUCCUAUGGAGCUUUGUAUGAUUUGUGAAGGCCAAAAAUUUCUUGGGAAGCUUUCAGAUGAUCAGACAGCAAGGAUUCUUAAGAUGGGUUGCCAAAGACCAAAAGAUCGAAAAGCAAUCAUAGAUGGAGUCAUGAGAGGACCUGUUGGGCCAGCAAGCGGCAAUCUAGCAGGAGAGUUCAGGCUUCAUGUUUCAAGAGAGAUGACACGGCUGAAAGGGAGAAUUCUUCAACCCCCCAAGCUUAAGCUUGGUGAUGGUGGAAAUGUUAGAGAUCUAAUUCCUUCUCGCCAUGAUCGGCAAUGGAAUCUUCUUGACAGCCAUGUCUUUGAGGCAACACGAAUUGAAAGGUGGGCUCUAAUAAGUUUCGGGGGGACAGCUGAUCAAAAGUCUAACAUUCCUAAAUUCAUAAACCACUUAUCUCAGAGGUGUGAGCAGCUGGGCAUCUUUCUCAACAAGAACACAAUUGUUAGGCCGCAAUUUGAACCGACCCAAGUGCUUAACAAUGUCUCUCUUUUAGAGGCUAAACUGAAGAAAAUUCAUAGAUCUGCCUCUAACAAUCUCCAGCUGCUCAUAUGUGUAAUGGAGAGGAAGCACAGAGGAUAUGCUGACUUGAAGCGCAUAGCUGAGACAUGUGUUGGAGUUGUGAGUCAGUGCUGCUUGUAUCCAAACCUUGGGAAGUUGAGUUCACAGUUUCUGGCCAAUCUAGCCUUAAAGAUAAAUGCCAAAGUUGGAGGUUGCACAGUUGCUCUGUACAAUUCGUUGCCUGCUCAGAUCCCACGGCUCUUCUGGCCUGAUGACCCUGUUAUCUUUAUGGGUGCUGAUGUGACUCAUCCUCAUCCUCUUGAUGAUUUCAGCCCAUCUGUUGCUGCUGUUGUUGGUAGCAUGAACUGGCCUGCAGCAAACAGGUAUGUAUCAAGAAUGAGAUCACAAACACACAGACAAGAGAUCAUCCAGGAUCUUGGUGCAAUGGUAUGGGAAUUGCUAGAUGAGUUCUACGAAGAAGUAAACAAACUGCCCAAGAGGAUAAUCUUCUUUAGAGAUGGUGUAAGUGAAACUCAGUUCUUCAAGGUGCUUAAAGAGGAAUUGCAAGCAAUCAGGGAAGCUUGUGGAAGAUUUCCUGGUUAUAACCCUCCCAUUACCUUUGCAGUGGUCCAGAAGAGACAUCACACUAGAUUGUUUCAAUAUGAUACCCAUCAUUAUUCCAAGGUGAACCAACUCUUUGAUGAAAAUAUUCCCCCGGGAACUGUUGUGGACACAGUGAUAACUCAUCCGAGGGAAUUUGAUUUUUAUCUCUGUAGUCAUUGGGGGGUGAAGGGAACUAGCCGCCCAACACAUUACCACGUCUUGUGGGAUGAGAAUCAAUUCACCUCUGAUGAACUACAGAAGUUGGUUUACAAUCUGUGCUACACAUUUGUAAGGUGCACUAAGCCUGUUUCUUUGGUGCCUCCGGCUUACUAUGCUCACCUGGCUGCAUAUAGAGGGAGGCUUUAUCUUGAUCGAUCUGAAUCUGCUGCUUUUACAAGACGUUCUUCUACAAUGUCUCGAGCAGCCCCUCCAAAGGCUACACCUUUACCCAAACUCAGUGAGAAUGUUAGGAAGUUGAUGUUUUAUUGCUAACCUUUCCUAUACUCGUCAUGAAAUUCUUGAUUACAUGACCUGAACAGUUGCAUUCCUCAUAGAGUGAAAUGCAGUAUAUUUCAAGCCUAAUCAAUUACGUCCUUAAGUUCCGAUGACUAAAAGUUGUAGUUAUGCUUUUCCAAGAAUGAAUUCAUAUGUUUAGUUAGUAGGUUAACUGGAUCAUUCAAAUUGUUUCUUUAGGGUGGUUAGUAGACUAGAAUGACUUCUCUUGUUUAGAAACAAAAUAACCGUCAAGAUUUUCU